AUGAUUUGGCAAGUUCAAUCUACAAUCUACAAUAAGUGUACUGUCUAUUCGAUACCCACUUCAACUUCCACACAGUUUCCAAUCAAUGUUCCAGUUUGCCAGAUGAAAUGUGGAGUACCAAAGGAAAUCAGAACUUACCCUACCCUAAAAAAGUGCAAAGUGUCGAACGCAUGUACCAAAGAUGAUAAAUACUGUGCUGCCUCAGAUCUACGUGAUGUCUACUAUACCGAUGUGAUCUGUGCCCUAUCUGAGUCCGAGGUCACUUUUAUCACAGCUGAUAUAUUAACUGAAAGUGUCUCGGUGAGCACCACUUUGCAAACAGCAACCAAUGUACCAUCAACAUCUAUUAGGGAGCUCGAUUCAAACAAGCACGCCCACAUUUACAGGACCAACAACGGUUGAUCUCGAUGCUACACCAGCCCCUUCAGUUAUAACCUUGGAUUGCAGAAAAAAAUUAAGUGAAACAAUGGAGCAUGAUGCUAUUGUCAUUGGGCUAUUUAUUUACCAAAGUGAAAUGAUAAUGCCUAUUGAUUUAGCUGUAUGUAUGCAUCUCAAUGCCUCUGAUAUUCCGUUGA